CUGAUAUAAAUUAUUAAUCAUCCCGCGCAAGGGACGGGAUAGUCCUUAUCAACAAAGUAUGUAGGCAAACGACACUGUAAUACGUGGGUGGAUGGAUGGCUACAUGAACCCCCCUUAUAAAUGUUUUACCAUCUUAAGGAACCUGGGACCCGCGACUUGGCCUACAUUCACGUCUACAUCUCCAGGCUUAUCUCUGCUCUGCUUCUGAUUCAGUGUUCGGUAAGUGACCUUAGGUUUCAGGCUGCUACCCAUUGUCACUAUCCGGUGCCUCCUAGAGAAAAGGCGCAUAAUAAGCUCGGAGGCAAACCUUGGAGCCUGAGGACAUUGAUUUCCUGGCAGCUUAUAGAAAGUCUCUAAAAGCUUGCGAAAUCCGUUACGGCGCCAACCGAAAACUAUAAUCCUCAAAAUAAGCCGCUGGACUGUCUAUGCAACAUUUUCCUACCCUAGUGAUCUGGGCUGUCAGCAGUAAUAUCUAAAGAUUAGGGCCAGCUUCUAAAAACUUAGACACAAAACAGAAAAAAAAAAGAGGAAAAAAAUAAGGAAGUCAUGGCUCCUGUCAAAGAACGCUCCGUCGCGUUUGCGUUCGACAUCGACGGCGUGCUCGUCAAGGGCAAGAAGCCUCUUCCAGGAGCCAGUGAAGCUAUUGAGUUGCUACAGCGCAAGAACGUUCCAUUCAUGUUCCUGACGAACGGUGGCGGACACACGGAGGAAGCGCACGUCGAGAGGGUCGGACAGCGGCUUGGCCUCAUAUUCAGCCCCAAGCAAUUUGUACAAUCACACACCCCUUACUUCGACCUUGUCCCGGAAUAUGGUGACAAAACGAUCCUGGUCCUUGGCGGUCACGGCCAUCAGAUCCGAGGAGUAGCGCACGCGUACGGCUUCAAGAAUGUCGUCACGUCGUCCGACAUCAUGACGACUUGCAAACACACCCACGCCUUUCCCGAGAUAACAAGAGCGCAUCACGACGAGCACGGCAGCGAGCGCCCAGAACUGCUCACGACACCUAUCUCUGCUAUCCUGUGCUGGAGCUCGCCACGGGAUUGGUAUCUCGAUCUCCAGGUCGUCCUGGAUCUCCUCCUAUCCCGCGGCGGCAUGCUCGGGACAGUGUCGCCGAAGAACGGCGACGUCUCGUUACCGAACAAGGGAUACUUACAAGACGGACAGCCAAAGCUGUUUUUCUGCAACCCGGAUUUUGAGUGGUGCACAGAGCACGAGCAACCGCGGCUCGCCCAAGGCGCUUUCAAAGAGGCCUUAGAAGCGAUCUGGAGAGCCAAGACGGGGACGGACCUGGACUACACGAGAUUCGGAAAGCCGACCGAGGCCACGUACGUGUACGCCGAGCGGGUCCUACGGGAAUACGGCAAAAUCCUAGACCCUUCCCGAGAGAUCGGCACGGUUUACAUGAUUGGCGAUAACCCCGAGAGCGACAUCGCCGGCGCGAACUCGUUUCAAUCUCGGCACGGGAUCGAGUGGAGGAGCAUCCUAGUCGAGACGGGCGUCCACGUCGCCGGUACUGUUCCCAAGCACCAGCCUUACCACACUGUUAAGAAUGUCAUGGAGGCUGUGGAAUGGGCGUUGAAGAAAGGAGCAGCCGUACCGAACUGAGCUUUCUGGGUAUAGCAUGGCAUAUACAAGGGUGUAUGGUUUUGGAGCAGACACUUGGCUCAUUAGGACAUCGGGGAGCUUGAUUCGGAGUUUUAGCAUGCUGGCGCCUGGACUUGUAUCACUUAUCUGUUUGAACCCGUUUCAAUCUUGGGUUGCAGGUUGUGGGUUUGAAUUAUCUUUUAAUUCAUAGCGAAACCCAUAUGAGGUACGAUUCAGAACUCUCAGAUUACGAACUGGGAUCCACGCUCCCAUUACUGCCGAGCGCUUGUAUACCUAAUAGCAUACAGUCAUCUUUUUGAUGGGAAAUCCCCUCCUUGCCUUCGGUUUAGCAUUAGCAUUUCGAUUCAGAUAGAUAUAGAUGACAUGGAUGCCCAAAUUUUGCUGGACUGCAAUGAGUUUAACUUCCUUGGUAAUCCGAACUUGGAGUAGUAUUCGGAAAAGGAUCAAUGUGUUUUAAGAGGUGUAUAAUAAUGUCCAAGGCACCAUCCGCGUAUGCUUUUCUUUUCUAUUGAGGCCGGUUCAGAUAGAC